CGACAACUCAUGGCAUGAUGUCAAAGUCACCCGCAACCUCCGCCAGGUGACAAUAUCAGUGGAUGGGAUACUAACAACCACGGGUUACACCCAGGAGGACUACACCAUGUUGGGCUCUGAUGACUUUUUCUAUGUAGGCGGAAGCCCCAGCACUGCAGAUCUGCCCGGAUCGCCAGUCAGUAACAACUUCAUGGGCUGCCUCAAAGAGGUGGUGUACAAGAACAAUGAUAUCCGUCUAGAGCUUUCCCGCCUGGCCCGUAUCGUGGACCCCAAGAUGAAAAUCCAGGGUGAGGUGUCCUACAGGUGUGAGAACGUAGCUACUCUGGACCCCAUUUCCUUUGAGACCCCUGAGGCUUACAUCAGCCUUCCCAAAUGGAACACCAAGCGUAUGGGCUCCAUCUCCUUUGAUUUCCGUACCACCGAGCCCAACGGCCUCAUUCUCUUCACCCACGGAAAGCCUCAGGAGCGUAAAGAGACUGCCCGCAGUCAGAAGAAUACCAAGGUGGAUUUCUUUGCAGUGGAGCUGCUGGAUGGCAGUCUGUACCUGCUGCUGGACAUGGGCUCAGGGACCAUCAAGGUGAAGGCCACCGAGUCCAAGGUCAACGAUGGGGCCUGGUACCAUGUGGACAUCCAGAGAGACGGACGCUCAGGCACCAUCUUGGUAAACAGCCGGCGUACACAGUUUAUGGCCAGCGGUGAGAGUGAGAUCCUGGACCUGGAGGGGGACAUGUAUUUGGGGGGGCUUCCCACUGACCGCACAAACCUGAUACUGCCCACUGAGCUGUGGACAGCCAUGCUGAACUACGGCUAUGUGGGCUGCAUCCGGGACCUUUUCAUCGACGGCCGCAGUAAAGACAUCCGGCAGAUUGCGGAAGCGCAGAACGGUGCUGGCAUCAAGCCCUCGUGCAACAAGCAGACAGGGAAGCAGUGUGAGAGUUACCCCUGCAAGAACCGGGGCGUGUGCAAGGAGGGCUGGAACCGCUUCAUCUGCGACUGCACCGGCACUGGGCACUGGUCUCGCACCUGUGAUAGAGAGGCUUCCAUCCUCUCAUAUGAUGGCAGCAUGUACAUGAAGGUGGUGAUGCCAACAGUCAUGCACACUGAGGCCGAGGACGUUUCCCUGCGCUUCAAGUCCCAGCGAGCCUAUGGCCUGCUGAUGGCCACCACCUCCCGGGACUCAGCUGACACACUUCGGCUGGAGCUGGACGGUGGUCGUGUCAAACUCACAGUCAAUUUAGACUGUAUCAGGAUAAACUGUAACUCCAGCAAGGGACCAGAGACCCUGUAUGCUGGGCAAAAACUCAAUGAUAAUGAGUGGCAUACAGUACACGUGGUCCGCCGCGGCAAAAUCUACAAGCUAACGGUUGACGAUGAUGUAGCAGAAGGCCAAAUGGCAGGUGAUCACACUCGUCUGGAAUUCCACAAUAUCGAGACAGGCAUCAUGAAAGAGCGUCGCUUUGUAUCGAGCAUCCCUUCCAGCUUUAUUGGCCACCUACAAAGCCUUAGAUUCAAUGGCAUGCUUUACAUCGACCUGUGCAAGAAUGGUGACAUAGACUACUGCGAGCUCAACGCCCGCUUUGGGAUGCGUUCCAUCAUCGCUGACCCUGUCACCUUUAAGUCCAAGAGCAGCUACCUGAGCCUGGUCACCCUGCAGGCUUACACUUCUAUGCAUCUCUUUUUCCAGUUUAAGACCACCUCAGCAGAUGGCUUCAUACUCUUUAACUCGGGAGAUGGCAAUGAUUUCAUCGCUGUAGAGCUGGUUAAAGGGUAUAUCCACUAUGUGUUUGACCUUGGGAAUGGGCCUAACCUCAUCAAGGGCAAAAGCGAGAGAGCCCUUAAUGACAAUCAGUGGCACAAUGUGGUCAUCACUCGUGACAACAGCAACACCCAUACACUGAAAGUUGAUGCUACAGCCACAAGUCAGAGUAUCAAUGGUGCCAAGAACCUUGAUCUAAAAGGUGACCUGUUCAUUGCUGGACUGGGCCCAGGCAUGUAUAACAGCCUUCCCAAGCUUGUGGCCUCCAGAGAAGGCUUCCAGGGCUGCCUGGCUUCAGUGGACCUUAACGGGCGCCUGCCAGACCUUCUCAGUGACGCAUUGUUUCGCAGCGGGCAGAUUGAGCGUGGAUGUGAAGGUCCUAGCACCACCUGUCAGGAAGACUCGUGUGCUAACAUGGGAAUCUGCAUCCAGCAGUGGGAGAACUACACCUGCGACUGCUCCAUGACAUCCUACACUGGCACGCAGUGCAACGAUCCUGGCACAACAUACAUCUUUGGUAGAGGAGGAGGCCUAAUCACUUUUAAGUGGCCAGCCAAUGAGAGGCCCAGCACAAGGACUGACAAACUUACCGUCGGCUUCAGCACCUCCCUCAAAGAUGGAAUACUGGUCAGGAUUGACAGCGCUCCUGGCCUGGGGGACUAUCUCAUGCUGCACAUACAACAAGGAAAGAUUGGGGUGACAUUCAACAUAGGCACAGUGGAUAUCAGCGUACAGGAGAACAGCAACCCGGUGAAUGAUGGGAAGUACCACGUGGUCCGCUUCAACAGAAAUGGAGGCAACGCCACUCUACAAGUUGACAACUGGUCCAUCAAUGAACACUUUCCAACAGGCCGGCAGCUAACUAUAUUCAACACCCAGGCAGCAGUUACAAUCGGCGGUAGUGACAGAGGGCGGCCUUUUCAGGGUCAGCUGUCUGGGUUAUACUACAAUGGGCUCAAGGUUUUGAAUAUGGCUGCUGAGGGCAAUCAAAACAUCAAGAUCAAUGGCAGUGUUAGGCUGGUGGGUGAUGUCCCCCCUGGGGCUGGUUCAGCCAAGACCACUGCCAUUCCUCCAGAGAUGUCCACCACCUUCAUCGAGACCACCACCACUAUGUCUACAACCACCACACGCAAACACCGCUCUUCCCCUACUGUACAGCACACAGCGGAUGACAAUGGAUCUUCUGCAGAAUGUUCAAGUGAUGAUGAGGACCUGGAGGAGUGUGAAAGAGGCCAUGCAGCACUCCCCACCGAGCCAGGCGUCGGGCGAGUCCCAGGGCCCUCAGAAGUGGUCCAUGAGUCUAGCAGCACCACCGGGAUGGUCGUCGGAAUAGUGGCGGCCGCAGCCCUUUGCAUCCUCAUCCUUCUGUAUGCCAUGUAUAAGUACAGGAACAGAGAUGAAGGUUCCUACCAGGUUGACGAGAGCAGGAACUACAUCACCAAUUCAGCCGUUCAAAGCAAUGGUGCCAUCAUGAAGGACAAACAGCAGAGCUUGAUAGGCAGCCACAAGAAACAGAAAAACAAGGAUAAGGAGUAUUAUGUGUGA